AUGAGCUUCCAAGGAGCGGUGGUUGCGGCUAACAGCGGCCGCGGUGACAGGAUCGACGGAAUGGAUACCGAGGGAUACGAAGUGGUUUUGCCUACUCUGCCAUCAGGUCGUAGUGUUUUGAAUACUUUAUUUUUGCACGCGGAUGUCCGGUCGAGGCCUUACCGAGUCGAACAUUUCCGGGACACGUUGGUGCGUCUUGGUUUGCUCCCCGAAGUGGUAGCGCUGGGGGCAUAUCAGAUGAGCCACGUAUGGGCUGUGACUUUCAAGAGCACGGAAGGGAUAAAGAAAGCUUUGGCAUGCGGCGAAAUGAAGGUGAAGGGCCAACGUUGUUUGGUUAUUGAUCCGGCUAACCAGGAUGUGCGUCUGAAGCUUCACUGGCUUCUUUUCAAUGUGGCUGACGAUGAUGUGCGUGUAGCGCUUGCUCCGUUCGGAAAGGUGACCGAGGUCUCGAAGGAAAAGUGGAGAGUUCAAGGUAUCCAAGACAAGGGGUCGACGACACGCCUCGUGCGCCUCAAGCUCCAUAACGGCAUUAAGGUUGAUGACCUUCCACACCAGCUUCGCGUAGCCGGUGACAUGGCCCUUCUAGUCGCUCCCGGUAGAGCGCCACUGUGCCUGCGGUGUCACAGUAAGGGCCAUAUCAGACGAGAAUGCCGAGUUCCUCGCUGCACGCACUGCCGUCGUUUUGGACACGAAGAAUCUCAGUGCGUGAAGACGUACGCAAGUGUUGCGGGGCCGGUUGGUAGAGAAGACACUGCGGAACUCGUCAUGGACGAGGCUGACGCUGAAGAAGCCGCAAGCGAAGCAACGUCGAAGCUCGAGGAACUUGAUGCGGCAACGUUAACCCCGCCCGACAUGCCCCAAGACGCGAGUGUUAACAAGGAAAGCCCAAAGCUGACCGACGCAGCUGGCGACGCCACCGGCGUCGUGAAAGCGCAGGAUGCCUCAACGCCGUCGAAAUCACCUGAGGAGCCAGCAGUCAUGGAAGUAAGCGAGGGAACAAGCGGAGCCUCAGUCUCCAAGCGCGGCCACGACGCUACGCUGGACGAGCAUGAGGCCCUGGCUGCAAGGAUCUCGGAAGGACCACCGCCAAAGGCGGCGAGCAUUCGGCGGUCAACGCUGAGGGCGCGUCCGAACAUACCUCCGGACCGGAGGGCGGCGGAGACGCCGCCGACGUAGCCGCGAGAGCGUGUGCUUCGCGGCGUCUCUUCUAGUCUACGCAGCGACCAAGCCAAACUCAAGGGACGAUGGAAUGCCGUGACAGGGACAUCAACUGUGCCUUCCUAAGGCUGCCAUGGCAGCUGCGGAAGGUUUGUGCAAAAGGCGAAAGCAGCUUUGGCCACAGAUGCAUGAGGUGGGUACCAUGCGGUUCGUUUGUCCUUCAAAAAACAUAAUAAUGGCUCAAAACACUGCACUUCGUUUUGCUACUAUAAAUGUCCGCGGUCUUUGUGCCAAAAAGCGGCAAUACCAGCUUAGCCGGCUUUUUUUAGAAACAGAUGUUGAUAUAGCAGCGGUGCAGGAGACAAAGAUAGAAACUGAGGAACAAACGGAUCGCAUGGUGCUGCAGUUUCGCAAUAGAUACAAUGUUUGUGUAUCACAUGCUGUUGGGACUUCCGCGGGGUGCGCUAUCUUCAUUAGAAACAACCUGGGAAUUAGAGAAGAAGGGGUCUUUUCUUGUGAAAGUGGAAGACUGGUUUUUGUGGAUUUUUCCUUUCUGAAUGUAGGUUGGCGCGUGAUAUGUGUCUACGCCCCAAACACUGAAAGUGAGCGUGUGCCUUUCUUUGAAACAGUAAAUCAGCAUUUACAGUGUGACAGGAAAGUCGUAUUGCUAGGAGAUUUUAAUUGUGUAUGUUACGCGGCCGAUCGAGUGAAAAACCUCCCAGUGCGUGACAAAAGUGCUUUACUUUUAAACACACUAGUUCAAGAAUCUAAUCUGGAUGACGUCGGUAAUUUCCUGUGUACUACCGGCACGCCUGCAUUCACACAUUUUCAAGGGCAAAGUCACGCAAGGCUAGAUAGAGGGUAUGUCGCACUGGAGCUUGUUCCGAUGUGUGGCAGCUAUAGUGUGAAACACGU